AAAAAACCAUGGCGGAAGCGUCUUCUCAGACGCCGGCCACUGUGUCGACUCCCUCGUCGUCAGCCGCCGGCACAGUCACAGGGCCCGGUGCAGGCGCUCAAGGCUCAGCAUCGCACGAACACUCGGCCAAUGGCAGCCAGAACGGCCUUGACAACAGCGUGGACUCGUCGACCAAGGCUCCCAAGGACCGCAACUGCCCAUUCUGCAACCAGGCUUUUACCUCUUCAUCGCUCGGCCGCCAUCUGGAUCUGUACAUCAAGCCUAAGAACCCCAAGCCGGCCGAUGGCAUCCACGACGUCGAAAAGAUCAAGGUCAUGCGAGGCGGCAUCACGAGACGCCAGCCGCGAAACAGCCUCAGGGCCAGUGCUAAUAACAACAGCCGGCUGCAGCACGACGAUGAUGCUGGCAGCGACCGCGGCACUCCGACCGGCCAGUGGGCUCGCCGUAUGACCAUUUCGUCUCAGGACACAGCUGGCGGCGCCUCGAGCGCCAUGGGCGUCAGCCCCGUCAACCUGCGCGACUCCCGUUUCGGCCUCAACACUACGAACUGGCAAGGCACUGGCGUCAUCAACAACCUGCCUCCACGCAUGUCCGAUCCCUCGUCGUCCAACCGCAUGACGGUUGCCCAGAUUCAGCGCUCUUCGCAAGCCAAAGACCAAGAUUCCCAAGAUGAUGCAAAGGCCGCCGAAUUGGCUCUGCGUGAAGUCCUCGACAGUCUCGAGGCUGCUAGACGUCGGGUGUCACACCAAGAUGUCUUCAGCUUCGAUUUCUGCUCCAUGAACUUCCCUUCGCUGUGCCUGCAUGCGCUGCCCGCUCCUCAGACCCUCUUCUCCAUGACUCCCUUCGCCAGCACUGAAUCCUGGUCGCUCGACGCUCCCGGUGACGCACAACUCGAGGCUCUUCAACGCCAGAUCACUCAACGUGUCCAACAGAGCCCUAACCCCAUUCCCGAGAAAGAUGCCCGCAGGCUGCAGAUGCAUCUGCAAGCCGCCUGGAGCAACUGGUCUCAACUAUCUGACAAGGACAAGAGCUCGACUUGGGGAAUUGAGAUCAUGCGUGCCUUUGCUCGUGCUGAUGAGCGCUCAAAAGAGAAGGACGAAGAAUUGGUCAAAGCAAAACAAGAAAUCGCCCAGCUCAAGGACCAGUUUGCUCGUCUGAGCAGUAUGCAACUGCCCCGCGAGUUCCUCCUGCAGCCUCCCGUCUCCCUGCCCCUCGACCCUGCCGUCGUCUCCGAAAUGUUGACCAAGGACGACCAAUCUCGCGAUUGGGACUAUGACCGUAUGAUCGGCAGAUGGAGAGGAGCCGUCAAGGCUUCAAAGCUUGGAGGUGCCACCGCCGCCUCUUCCCUACCUACACCCAAUGAGCAGACAGCCACCUCGACCUCAUCAGGCGCCCCUGCUGCUUCGGCAAGAAAUCUGCAACCCGCUCCAGCUCAAAUGCCUGCAACCUCCCCCUACGAUGUUAGGGCGAGCCAAACCCCACUGCAGAACGGCCACGCAUCUGCCCACGUUGCCCUUUCUCGCCAGAUCAGCGCUCAUCAGAUUGAUGACGACGAGGAUGCCGAUGCGGACGCUGACGCCGAUGCAGAUGCUGAUGCCGACGCUGAUGCCGAUGCUGACGGAGAAGACGCUCCCAUGACUAACGCACCGUGGGGCUCUCACCCUCAGCACAGCUUCACCGACACACAUAUGGGCGGCAUGACCAACACCAACGGCAAGCGCCCUCCCCCAUCCUUCGACCGAUCCAACUCGAAGAACCUGAAAAUGUACCAUGAUAGCCCUCUUCCUGACGCUGCCGAUGUAUUUGGAGCUCGUCCCGUCGGUCAGGUUUAGAAAGGCUGAACGACGCUGCAUACGACUCGAUACCACUAUCCCAUUCGAACUGUUUCCGCCAUGACUCUCAUGGCGGUCCACUGUACAGGGUUCACCAAUGGGCCUGUUUGGUUAACUUUCGUAUCCUUCUUCUUCUUUUUCUGUUUCCCCAACGUUUAUUCCCCCCCAUGCCUUGUUUUUCACCACAAGAACAGCGCACGCGGCGUCUCUUUCGAAAAUCCUGUUGUAUGUGUUGCUGAUGCACAAGAGAGAUGCCCACAACUUUAACGAGCCCUCGUCUUUUAUUCCUUUCAUUUUUCGACACCCCCACGCAGUACUUUAUGAGAAAUUUGAAAAAAAUGCCCACUCCUCCCGCCUCUUAUUCCCUUUGCUGUUCAUUACACUUUUCAUGCUCCUGGUUCUAUGCUUUUUGUGGUUCCGUCCACACCCAGAUUGCUAUUCGUUUGCGCCGCGAAGAUAUCACAAGUGUGUUUGGAGGAAA